CAAAGAAAGAAACGAAGCAACUGCAUUCAGUCUUCCACGUCUCCGUCUUCCCCUCUGUGGCCUGUAUAGUAGAAUUGGAGAAGACAGUAUUCUGCAGGGAAAAAAAAUGGCUAUUCCACUAUCAAAUGGCUUAAGAGCACUCUUCUCAGUAUUGGGCUGUUUAAUGGUGGCCACUCUCAUCUACACCAUCUACGUCGAUGGCUUCCCAUUUCGCAGAGACCUCCUCACCCCGUGGAUGGCCGCUACUUUAGUUGAUUUCUACAUCAAUAUUAUAGCUUUAGCGGCUUGGAUCACCUACAAGGAAUCGAACUUUAUUACUGCAACAGUUUGGAUAGUUUUGCUAAUAUGCUCCGGAAGCAUUGCAACGUGCGCCUACAUUUUUAUUCAACUUCUCAAGUUGUCGCCUGAAGAAUCUUUGCAAGACCCGCUGUAUCAUGUACUAUUGCGGCACGAAAACAAACUUGCUUAUAGGGGUGUGGAACAAAAGACAAAACAAUCUGCUGUUGUGACUGCAAGGAUUGCUUUCAGCAUUCUGGGUCUUCUGAUGCUGGGAACUUUGAUUUACACUUUAAUAACUGAUGGUUCUCCUUUUCGCAAAGAGCUUCUUACUCCUUGGAUGGUUGCAACACUAAUUGACUUCUAUAUCAAUGUCGUGGCUCUUUCGGUUUGGGUUGCCUACAAGGAAUCAAGUUGGAUCAGUGCAUUCUUAUGGAUAUUGUUAUUGAUUUGCUUUGGGAGCAUUACUACUUGCGCCUACAUCGUGAAACAGCUGCUGCAGCUUACUUCUCAAGAUCCAGUUUACCUGAUCUUAUUCAAUAGAGGCAACAGGUUGAGGAGUAUGAACAUAUGAAUGGUCAUUUAGUGAUUUGUUCACGCUGAUGUUUCGACAUAUACAAUCACAUUAUGGCAGAAAAAUGAGGAAGUUAAAUGUUAAUUAUAAUGGUCUUGCAAUUGAGCUAUCAAGCAUCAAGAUUCUAACUUCUCCUUCCAAGAACCUGUGUGUUACUAGCCUUUGUUUGCGGAAAGAUUUGGAAAUUAACUUGCUGUGUUCAUGAA